AUGAUCGUCGGGAUGCUGGUUCCUGCCCACUCAUGGUCUUGCUCCUCCGUGUCUUGCAACUCGAAGUGGGUCUCGUCUUGGCCCGGUAUUGCUCGUGAUCCUUCUUGCUGGUCUGAUGGUCUGGUAAAGCACACGAGAGGUGGAGGGGGAUCAGAGGAUCAGGUGAAGCUUCAGAUAGAGGAGGUACAGCGAGAGAUCAAGGAAGUAAAACAAGAGAUCAAGGAAGUAAAACAAGAGAUCAAGGAGGCACAGCAAGAGAUCAAGGAGGCACCGCCAGAGAUCAAGGAAGUACAGCAACAGAUCAAGGAGGUUCUGAAAAGGAUCGAGCAUGAACAGGAUUCAACGAUGAAGGCGGUCCUUGUAGAGCGGGUGACGCAUCUUGGAGAGCGAGAGAAGCAGCUUGGAGAGCAGCUUGGAGAGCAGCUUGGAGAGCGGUUGAAGCAGCUUGGAGAGCGGAGAGGCAGCUUAGAGAAAGGAAAAUCCGAUGGGCUACGGAUUGACUGGGUCGAGUCAGAGGCAGGACUGGACCGGACAGGCUUUUGCCAUGGCAACAAGUACUUUCGUUUCGAUGCAUCAUACUUGCAAGGAGACGGCGAGAUACUGCUUUACUGCCGGAAAGCAUUCCACGAGCAGCAACGUUUCCUGAGGGAGCAGGUGUUAGAGAGCCGGGCCUUGGGCUGGAUCCAAGGUCCGCCGGGAACUGGGAAGACGACGACGACGCUAGCCUUCUGCUUGUCGCUUGGCAUGAAGGAAUGGAGCGUGACAUUCUUUCAGCUCGAUGCAACUAAGUGGACUGAGUGCAUUCAGAUCGUACGGUCUAAGAGGAGAUCGUGCACGAUACCAGCAGAAUGCUCGCUGAAAUGGACCAGGAAAAUACUAGAAGAUUGGCCGGACAGCGAGAAGCGUCUUGUCGUCAUCGAUGGCUACUUGAGGCACGAGUCACAUCAUGCACGCUGCUAUCGAGCAUGUACGAGAUGGCUCCUAGGUGACAGACAGAAUCGACGGGUUAUCGUUGUGACGUCGAUGUCUGGAGGAAAGGUUCGGGACAGGUUCGAAGAUGAUGUGAACCUGAUGCCGCACACCGUUGUAUCAUGGACAACUGGUGAGUACCUGAAUGCGGUGAAGUGCGAUGCUUUCUACAAGAGGGUGAAAGCCAUGCUAGCAUUGCACGACACUGCGGUGCACAUUGGUAUGAGGAUACGGAAGAGGAAUGGAACGAAAGAAGAGCAGAUUAUGUCGAAGCAUUACCUGGCUGGCGGCUCAUGUCGGUACAUGUUCGAAAAGACGGCAGCGGUGGUGAAGCAGAGGCUGGAUCGGGCUCUUGCAUCGUGUCGAAACCUAGAACAUCUGUUCCGGGGUAUCGUUGGUGACUCCUCGUUGGAUGCUGUAAAUCACUUGACUGCACGGUACAUGCAUGGCGAAGAAGCGUCCUGGAUGCCUGUGAGCAAGUACGUCGCCAUGAAGCUAGCGGAAGUAGCGGAGGUGGGCGUUUUGAAAAGACUGUUGGAUGGGACAAGCAUUCCCAGCAUAAGGGGCUACGUUUUCGAGCUUUUAUUUUUCAAGAAGGUGAAGCAAGGGCUGACCCUGAUGUAUCGGCAGGGCGUGUCACGUGUGAAUCAGGUUUGGAUGGGAUGCCCAGUGUUACCCUUCGAUGCGAACGAGGUCAUGGAGAGUCUUCCUCAAGAGAGAGCAUGCUUGAGGCCAAUCAACGUGUUUCAACCAGGCUAUGAUGCUAUCAUUGUGAAUGUGCGUGCGAAGUUGGUCGAGCUUGUGCAGGUGACAGUUUCAUCGUCGCACUCAUUUAAGCUCUCUCCCUUCGCAAAAGCUCUCAAGAAGCUCAACAUCCCAACCAAGGGUUGGAAAGUGAAAGUAGUUUUCAUCGUUCCGCCAGAAAGGCUGGAGGAUUUUCAGAUCGACACUAUCAAGAAUUGCGGGGCGAUGGAGGAGUACGGAUGGAAGAAGGGGUCCGAGGGUAAGCAGGCAGAUGUAGCGAGCAUUGAAAUGCUGUGA